GUGUUGCUUCUUCCAUCACUGCUGCCUGAAGCAGAUCGGCUCUAUGGGCUGCAGGUCGGACAGGAAGCUCAACGCUCGCGUCUCCUGUGACAACAGGAAGCCACAAUGUCAGGGCGUCACUGUGUGUGACAAACUUCAGUGUGUGUGCGACAAAACCACGGCAGAGUGUAUGGCGGCCGCUCACUUCAACCACAGUCUGCCGUCGCAGCAGUGCGGCGGACCCGGACCCCCCUGUCGCCGGGCCAGCAGACCCCCCAAGCCACAGCUUACUCCUCAGUCCAGCGAGGAGAGCGAGGAGACGCCGGGAGGAGGCUCUGACGAACUGAAGGAGCAGAAACCCGGCGACGCACACGAGGCAUCAACCGUUGUGAACACGCCUCCUCCACGCCACGUUCAAAACAGCGAUGAAAGUUGGAACCUGAAGGACGAGGAGAAGUUGAAUCCUUCCGUCGAGCCGGCUGCACCUCCUGCUCCUCCUCCCCCUCCCCCACCUCUCGCUCCUGGCUCCAGUGACGAGAGCAGAGAGACACAGACACUCAGUGGGAUUCAAACCCAAAACCACCGGCCAAGUCCAGAGCAGAGCCCCGGACACCGGCCAUCAACGAGACCAGGGGAGGGAGGGGAAGAGAAAAAGGAGGAGGAGGAGGAGGAGGAGGAAGAGGAGGAGGAGGAGGAGGAAGAAGAGGGGUGAGAGGAAGGAAACUAAAAGUAAAUAUAUUGUUUCUAAAAGCAACUUUGGGAUUUCCAGUAUUUUUGGGGCAUUUUUCUGAAGUUGGGCAGA